UUUUAGAUAAGGAAGAAACUCUGCAUGAGCUCCAUUCCACAUGAAGUGAAACUAGGAUUGAUAAAUGAAAUAGCUAUCGAGUAUAGCCUCCAUCUGGGGCAACUUGCGUAUGGUAAUAAUCACAAACAGCAUGGCAUGCAGUUGUCAGGGAAAAACGAUUGCGAAUGGGAAGGAUUUGGUUUUGAGGGAGAGACUGGGGAGAUACAGGUCAAUGAUAACACUGCAAGUGGAGUCCAUGCGUUAGUUUCAUAUGCUAACGAUGUCCCAACUGAUGCAUCUUCCAGUAAAAAUCCUGAAUACGUAUAUGAACCUAAACUUUUCCCAAGUAACGUAUCUUUUCAGAAAAGUGUUGAAACCUUCUGCUCGGAAGCGCUUUCUGCAGCUUCUUUUGAUAACAGGGUAAAAACAGGACAAACAGCUACAUCAUCCGAGAUUUCGUUUCAGUUUCACAGGAGAGGUAUUGUUUACCUGGAUGAAAUACAGGAGUUUCAGUUUUGUGUACAAGAUGACAUUGGCGAGGACAAAAGAAUAUUUAUGUUCAAUACAACUAUCCUCCCACAUAAAGGCAAUAACGGUGUACGCAGAGCAGACUCGUUUGUUUCGUCUCAGCCGGAAAGUUGUGAAUCUGUCACUACAAUACCUGAAACACAGCACAAGAGAGCAUGCCUAGGGGAUCAUUUCAGAAGGGUGAAAACAAGUUGGAAAUGGUGGGAAAGGAGAUCUGAUUUUAAGAAGAGUCAUUCAGACCAAUCUUGUCCGUCACCAGCAAUGAUCAGGAAUCACGAUGCACGAGAUCAACUUUCUUAUGGUUCAACGUGCAAAUUUUCAAGUAAAAAGUGCCUGUAUCAUCGAUUCUUUCAGCAGAAUAAGCACUGGAGAAAGAUGCCAGCCCAAGAAGCCAGGAGCUCUUCAUACAAAUUUCAUAAGAAAAGCUUGUCUCAUCAGCAACUGGAAGUGCAUGGGAAAUGCAUGCACAAUCAUAGGAGCUCAGACUGCAUUAUCAAGGACAAAUUUGACUGGGAAAGUUUAUCUUGGAGGCAAAAGAGGGGCAUGGCUGCAUUAGCAGGUUUCUCUAUUCAUCAUUUUAGUCUACAAAAGUGUCUACAGGUUUGGAAUUCUCCUCCUAAGAACCCCUGGGGAAAAAACAGUAAAAUGGCAUCUCAGGCUGACCCUAUUUAUAAGAAAAGCAAUCAACUGGGAGGAGCAGAAGUAUCAGAUUGUCUAACCGGCGGCGGUGCCUCGUCCCAAGAAUCCUGCUCGAAGGCAUCUAAUCGUUAUGCAGAGACGGAAAGAUUUGCACGUACUACUUGUUCUGGGACCAUGACAAUCUCCCCUGAAAGACCAAAGAGCACCAUCUCGUCUCGUAGCCAUGUGCACCCUAAGCUACCAGACUAUGACGAAUUGGAAGCCAAAUUCAGGGCUCUCAAACAAGACUAUCUGCAAAGAACUUCUGCAAUUACUUCAGGCUUAAACAUUGCAUUGGCCUAGCUGUCACCAAAUACUAAAACACUGCAACUAGUCUUCAUUUCUGUUCUUCUUUUAUUUCCUUUUUUAUUCUCUAAGCUGAUCUGAUGCAAUGUACGUUCAAACAUGCUUCAUGAAACUUCUUUUUUUUUUUUUUUCUUUUUUGUAGAAGGUUGUCUUUUCACUGUAAAAUCCAA